UAAUUAUAUUUUUUUGGAGCCAAAACCCCAGCGCUUUUGACGACGUUGCCCUAAUAAAGAACAUUCUCUGUUUCUCGCCGUGUAGAUCAACUUGAGUUUACAGUGCUCAGCGAGAGAGGGGGAUGGGGAGCCGUGCAAACGGCGUCGUAAGCAGCAGCAGCAGUGGAACUGUGGAUAAAGGAGUUGAUUUUGCGAACUACUUCUGCACUUAUGCUUUUCUUUACCACCAGAAAGAGAUGCUCUGUGAUCGAGUCCGCAUGGACGCUUAUUACAGUGCUGUUUUUCAGAACAAACAUCAUUUCAAAGGAAAGACUGUGUUGGAUGUAGGAACAGGAAGUGGCAUUCUUGCCAUCUGGUCUGCCCAGGCUGGUGCAAGGAAGGUCUAUGCUGUUGAAGCAACUAAGAUGUCAGAGCAUGCCCUGUCUCUUGUUAAGGCAAAUCAUCUUCAAGACAUUGUUGAAGUAAUUGAGGGCUCUAUGGAGGAGGUCGUCUUGCCAGAGAAAGUUGAUGUGAUUAUCUCUGAGUGGAUGGGUUACUUUCUCCUGCGUGAGUCUAUGUUUGACUCGGUGAUAUGUGCUCGUGAUCGUUGGCUGAAGCCAACUGGAGUCAUGUAUCCUAGCCAUGCACGCAUGUGGGUGGCACCUAUCCGAUCUGGAUUGGUGGAUCAACAGAAAAAUGAUUAUGAAGGAACAAUGGAUGAUUGGUAUGGAUUUUUGGAAGAUACUAAGAAUUACUAUGGUGUUGAUAUUAGUGUUUUGACAAGACCUUUCUCAGAAGAGCAGGAAAAAUAUUAUCUGCAGACAUCAUUGUGGAGCAACCUUCAUCCACAUCAAGUUAUUGGGACAGCUGCUGUUAUAAAGGAGAUUGAUUGUAGAACUGCUACUGUAAAUGACAUCCUUCAAGUAAGAUCAACUUUUUCAUCAGCCAUCAACGUGGAGCGCACUUGUCUCUGCGGAUUUGCAGGAUGGUUUGAUGUCCAUUUCCGAGGAAGAGUGGAGGAUCCAGCUCUGCAAGAAAUUGAGUUAACAACUGCUCCGAGUUCAAUUAAUGGCACCCAUUGGGGACAACAAGUUUUUCUCUUGCAUCCUCCUGUUCAUGUUGAUGAAGGUAGCAAUCUUAAUGUUUCUUUCUCCAUGAACCGUUCUAAGGAAAACCAUAGAUUAAUGGAAGUUGAGUUUGAUGUCAAUAUCGGCCAACCUUCUGGCAAAAUGCUUCCACCAAUUAAUAAGAAGUUCUACAUAGAGUGAAUACAGCAACAAAUUGCCAAUUUUCUGGAUUUCAAUGCUAUCUAAGGUGUCCAACUACUUGAUGAUUCUAUAAUUACAAACUUGGUUAUUACCCUUAUCAGGCUGUCAUCACAUUCCUUUUACUUUUCCAAUUAUAAACAUGAGUUGUGUGGGCUUUUGCUCUUGCCAGUUAUCCCUGUUUGGUUCUUCCUUUCUUAUAAUAACAACAUGCUCCUAUGCAUGAAAGAACUUUUGUAGUGAAUGGAUUGCCUUCUGUUUGUUCUAGAUGCACUGGUUAUUAGAAAGCUACUAAAUGUAGUGAACUUGUAAACUUAUUGAGGCAAACUUUAAGAAGGACUUGGAUUCUCUUGAUGGUUUUUUGAAACCAUGAACUACAAGUGGAUAUUUUGUCACCAAAAUCUGUCUGGUUGCUUCACUAGAAGUAAAAAUGAAAAUGUAAAAGAAAAAAAUAUAAUGAGGUUAGUUGCUCAUAGCUCUACAACGAACAUUCCACUGCUGUUUUAUGGUUUAUCCUGUGAAUAUCCUGAGCAUUGGAGUUUAUUCUAGAAGUUUCCCAUCUUGGUUGUUCUCACGCAAAACUAAUGCUUGUUUGUCUCAUUUUUUUCCUGCUCAAAUCUGUAAUUUGAUUUCUUUGUCUAUAUGAAUAUUGA